CUUUUGUUUUUAUUUUGCUGUGUAUCUGCCGCUGUGAAGCUUCGCGGUCACGCCCUCUGACAGCUUAACGACGCGCUCAUAAAUCCAAACCGCAAUCCCAAUUUUCUUUCUUCCUUCAAUUCCUCAAAAUUAAGAUUUCUAAUCAACCAUCGGACCCUUAAAAACCUGCAUUUUUUUCUUUUAAAAGAAAAUCCAUACCCUACAAAAAAACCCACACUUUUGAUCCAAUUAAUUUUAGGGAUUCGACACGGAAUGGCCGUGCUGUUGGAGGAAAUCGUGCACUCGGUGGAGCUUUGGCUGAAGCAUCUCAGGAAGAAGCCCCAACCGUACGUGGACCCGAAUCUCGACCCGGUUUUGUUGGUGCCCGGCGUCGCCGGUUCGAUUCUUAAGGCCGUUAGUAACGAUAACGGUAAGGAGGAGCGGGUUUGGAUUCGGAUUUUUGGCGCGGACUACAAGUGCCGGACCAAGCUUUGGUCUCGCUUCGACCCCUCUACAGGUACAACUAUGUCUUUGGACCCAAAAUCAAGUGUUGUGGUUCCUGAGGACAGAUUCGGACUAUAUGCAAUUGAUGUGUUGGACCCUGACAUGAUCAUUGGUCGUGAUUGUGUUUAUUAUUUUCACGAGAUGAUUGUUGAGAUGAUCAAAUGGGGUUUUCAAGAGGGACAGACACUUUUUGGAUUUGGUUAUGAUUUCCGCCAAAGUAACAGGUUGCCUAAAACAUUGGAGCGGUUAGCUGCAAAACUAGAGUUAGUAUACAAUGCUUCUGGAGGGAAAAAGAUAACCAUCAUAAGUCAUUCCAUGGGGGGUCUUCUGGUGAAAUGUUUCAUGUGCCUGCAUAGUGAUAUUUUUGAGAAAUAUGUGAAGAAUUGGAUUGCAAUUGCUGCACCGUUUCAGGGUGCACCUGGAUAUGUCAUAUCUACCUUUUUGAAUGGAAUGUCAUUUGUUGAAGGGUGGGAACAGAAUUUUUUUAUAUCAAAAUGGAGCAUGCACCAGCUGCUGAUCGAAUGUCCAUCAAUUUAUGAAUUGAUGAGUUGUCCAAGUUUUGAUUGGCAACAAAUUCCUCUCCUAGAGAUCUGGAGAGAAAGGCUAGACAGUGAGGGGAACUCUCAUAUUAUCCUAGAGUCUUACCCUCCAGCAGAAAAUAUAGAAAUUUUUAAGGAAGCUCUUUCAAGUAACACGGUCAAUUACGAUGGUGAAAUUAUUCCCCUACCAUUCAACUUGGAGAUCUUGAAAUGGGCUAAUGAAACACACGAGGUUUUAUCUAGUGCUAAAGUGCCUUCUAGAGUUAAAUUCUACAAUAUAUAUGGGAUCAAUCUUGAGACACCCCAUAGUGUCUGUUAUGGAAGUGAGGAAACUCCGGUUUCAGAUUUACUACAACUACCAUUUUUCGAGCCUAAAUACAUAUGUGUUGAUGGUGAUGGAACAGUUCCGACAGAGUCAGCUAAGGCCGAUGGGCUCAAUGCAGAAGCAAGGGUUGGAGUCCCUGGUGAGCAUCGAGGAAUUCUAUGUGACCAUCAUGUAUUUCGUAUUCUCAAGCACUGGCUGAAGGCAGAUUCGGACCCUUACUACAACCCUCUAAAUGAUUAUGUGAUUUUACCCACUGCAUUUGAAAUGGAAAAGCACAGGGAGAAAGGCUUCCAAGUAACAUCGCUUAAAGAAGAAUGGGAAAUCAUCUCAGAAGAUGACCAAGACAGUGUUGCUGAUACAAAGCCUUCGGUGAGCUCCAUAUCGGUUUCUCACGUUGGAGACUAUCAAUCUUCAUGGGCUGAGGCUCAUGCUACUGUCAUUAUUCACCCUCAAAAUGAGGGCAAGCAGCAUGUUGAGCUGAAUGCCAUAAGUGUGUCAGUUGAUUCCUAAAUCAGUUCCUAUCAAACUGUUUUAUUGAAUGGAUGGAAAAGGAUGGAAAGUCUCCUGUACCAUCCGUGUGGUUAAGAUCUUGUAAAAUCAAGAAUGAACUUACGAGAUACAUAUGAUAUGUAAAUGUCUGUACAGAGUAAUUGUAAAAAAAAAAAAAAAAAAAA